ACAAUCACAGACCUCGAUGUCGAGUGGUGAAUGGUAAGUGUUAAAAAAAAAUCUGUUGACGUAUCAUCCAACGUAAUUUAAAAGUUAAUUGGCAACAGGUGAAUACAAUUACAAUGGCUAAUCACAUACGUUUUGAAAUCUUAUUCUUAAUGUUUGACGCAAGUUGCAUUAAAAAGUAUAAAUAGGUUUCAGAAUUGUGUUGUUGUUUUAGAACGUUGCUUUCACGAUCAUUUAAGAGCACUUAUAUGCAUGGACAACGGAUUUCAUCUUAUGAGGUGUGUUACCUUUAACCAUAUGGAUGAUGAUGUAUUUGUGCAAAUUUUGUGAUUGCUCUCUGAAGACAGUUAAGGGAUAUGUUAAUCAUCAAAUCGUACACAGACAUGAAGCAAAUGCUCAGUUUCCAUGUUGCUUCCCAGAAUGCAAAUGUAAAUUCUCAAAAUACAAUGCUCUCAAAGCUCAUGUUUAUCGCCAUCACAAAAGACCACAUACUCAUUUUGAUGAAUCGACGGGCACGUUUGUUUGCAACAAUACAGACUGUCAACAACAAUUUACAGACAUGAACAAUGUCCUUUCUCAUCUCAGGUCACAUUUAGCCAAGGGAGAGGUGGUGUGUUGUCCUUUUGAAAAAUGUGACAAAAAAUUCAGUUUAAGAUCAAGUUUCACGAAAGCACAGGACUUCUACAUUUGCACAAUUACGGAUUAUGGAUACUUUAUCUGAGCAACCUUCUUCAGCAUUUUUUGAUGUUACUGAGGAGGAGGUUGAUGAAAGUGAAUUCACAGACUCCCUGACGAAAUGUAACGCAAAGUCAUUGUACAUGAAAAAUCUCUGCCUGUUUUAUAUGCAGCUACAAGCAAAAUACCUGGUGCCAUCGUCAACCAUUCAGAUGACUGUGGAGGAAUUCAGUGGUUUAAAUUAUAUCUGUUAUCAGUACACACAGAAGAUGUUCAGGGAAAUACUCAAGUCAAAAACGGCCCUCUCACAAUGUGAGAUUGAAUCUGUGGUGCAGACUUUGCAAGGCCAAGAUUUACAUUCAGCUUGUAAUUCAUUACUUUCCACAGAAUACCAAAGAAAAUGUUUUCGUACGUGCAUCCACAAAGUAUGUGUCUUGGUCGUGAUGAGAACCGAAACCAACGUUAUGCACAGUAUAUUCCAUUGAUGAACACUUUAAAAACCAUGUUAAUAGACCCAGUGGUGUGGGAGCAGUGUGCCAGACAUCAGCAUGUACACUCUUCUGUGUUCUCUGACAUCUGUGAUGGCUCUGUAUUCAAAUCCAAUGACUUGUUUAAGCAGCCUGAGAUUACACUCCAACUUAUCUUGUACCAGGAUGCCUUUGAGAUUGUGAAUCCCCUUGGGUCAGCUAAAAAAAGACACAAAAUGAUUGGAGUGUAUUUUACACUUGGCAACUUUGAGCCAUUUUACAGAUCAUGCAUUGAUAACAUUCAGUUAUCACUUUUGUGUUAUGAGAGAGACUUUAACUAUUUUGGUCAAACCAAGAUUUUUGCUAAGUUGUUGGCAGAUGUCAAAGAACUUGAAGAGCAUGGAUUUGUGACAUCUUCAGGUGACAUAGUACGUGCAACAAUAGUGGCUAUUAUCGGUGAUAAUUUGGGGUCCCACUGCAUCGGUGGGUACUCACAGAACUUCAGUACUGCCAAGCAUUGCUGUAGGUAUUGCUUGGUAUCUCGCAGUGAACUUCAGAAUGUGUGUGUAGACUUUCCCAAUCGCACAGUUGAGUCCUAUAAGGCGGCAGUGGAAACUCUAAGGAUGACCGAAGAAAAUGUUGUUAAUGGGUUGAAGUUUGACUCCAUUUUCAACUCUCUCAAGUAUUUUCAUGUUGCUCAGCCUGGCCUUCCCCCAUGCCUUGGCCACGAUUUGUUUGAAGGCGUUGUAGUUAUUGAUCUUGGCAUUUUCUUGGAAUACUUUGUAAAAAGGAAGUGGUUUUCAUAUACACAGCUGAACAGGAGACUUGCACAAUUCAAAUAUGUGGGUUCUGAUGCUGGUUCUGCCCCCUCCCAGAUAUGUGAAAAAGGCAGAAAGUUAGGUGGUCAAGCAGCUGAGAACUGGUGUCUCCUCAGAUUUCUUCCUGUCAUAAUUGGAGACCGAGUAGAGUCACAAGACCCUGUAUGGCAACUGACUGUUAAGUUGAAAGAACUGGUUGAGCUAGUGUGUGCUCCCAAGAUUACCACAGCACAGAUUGCAUAUCUCAAUGUCUUAAUACCAGAAUAUCUGGAAACAAGAAAGGAGCUGUUUCCUGGUGAAAAUUUGAAACCAAAACAUCAUUACAUGCUUCACUAUACGUCACUCAUUUUAAGUCUUGGACCUUUAAUUCGUUUGUGGUCAUUGAGAUUUGAAAGCAAACAUUCCUACUUCAAAAGAAGUGUGAGAAGAACACAGAACUUCAAAAAUGUAUGCAAGACAUUGUCACACAACCAUCAACUUCAAGCAUAUCUUCACUCACGGUCCUUUUUUUCACCAAAGCUUAAAAGUGUUGACUUGGCCACAUACUCUCCUCAUUUGUACAGUGAUGCUGUGUGCAAAGCUGUUGAGACAAGCUUGCUUAAUGAACCAGACUUUGUUUCCACACGUGUAGAAUACAAGGGUACCCUGUACAGGAAAGGAAACUUAAUUUGCCUUAAAUGUGAAGAGGAGUAUUCUAUUUUACAGUUUGGACAGAUUGAGCUGAUUUUCGUGAAAGAUGAUGAGGUGACUUUCCUUGUGACUCCCCGCCCCUCAGUGUAUUUGCAUGAUUAUGGACUUUAUGAGAUUUUGUCUGCGACAAAGGAAUUAAUUUGUGUAAAAGCUGAGGAAUGUCUGGAUUAUUAUCCCUUAAAUGAGUACAGUUUUAUGGGACUGAAGGUCAUUACUCUGAAGCACAGCGUUGUUCAUCUGUAAAAAGGAUAAACCGUCCUCUCCCAACAGAAAUGGAUGCAUUGUUGACUUUUAUUGAGAAUGUGUUCCCAAACCCUAUAACUUCAAAGCUAGCCAUAGAGGGUUUGAACAGCCUAGGUGUGGAGACCAUAGAUGACCUACAGUUUUUGAAAGAUGAUGAUCUAGGUGGCUUUCUGAGACCGAUUGAAGCAAGAAAACUAAUAGCUCAAAUCCCAAGUAAGUUUUCAAAUCAAUGGUUGUUUUUACAUAUACACUAGUCAACAUUUGAAGCGGAUCAAAAAGUUCAUUAAGUUCACAAGAACAGGUAUUGGUUUUAAGACAACUAUUAUGAAAGGUUUGAUCCACUUGAAAUGUUGACUUGUGUACAUGCAUAUAAUUAGAUGAAACAACACCCCAGUCUCUUUCAUUCUGUACUUUGUUAGCUGUACUCUUUACUUGUAUUACAGUAUGUCAAUGUGUUUCUUGUUUCUGCAGUAUGGUUUUUAAUGCAGUUUUUUGUUUAUGCCAUGUAGAUAUUGCCUCCACUCUGCAAAACACUGCCAAUGAUUUGUCUGCUGAAUACAAUUCUAAUGCAUCAGGUUCACCUGCUCCUGGAUGCUCAGUUUCACCAUCCAGCUCUUCAAGUGGAAGACGUGAGUAAAACGCUGAUACAACAUUAAACAACCCACAAAGCCCCAUGCCAUCUCUGUUUGUCCGUUAUUAAACUUCAAUAAAUCUGCAGCUUGGGAAUAGGCAAUUUUGCCAAAAAAUGAAACUUCGUUUUAUGACCAUGACUGGCAUUAUAGUUUUGAUGUUCCAUGGCAAAAAAUGCCAGCAAGUUUUAUGGGAAAGUUGCAAAAUGGCGAAAGGCCAAGUUGCUCUGAGAGAAGACAGUUGGUCCGCAUUGUUGCUUCUGAGAUCCUGGAAGUCAGCAAAUGUCCAGCAAAAAAACAUGUAUCAGAAAUAGCCCGACAAAUGGUGAUUGCAUACCCAAAGUCUUUCAGAGAUGAGAUUAAUUCCCAGGUUGUAGGAAGUGGAUAUGAUUCUCUCCUCAAACAACUGGUGUGUAGAAUUGACAAUUUGAAAAGAGCAAAAGCUAUUAGUAUACCACUUUGUGGUACUCUAGAAGUAUCAACAAAGAAACGAAAAUUGUUAUAUGGUUGUAUAAAUUCUGAUCCACAACUGCUAGUUGGAGAAACAUCCGAAUUGCAGCAGGAAAAGAAAGAGAAGUUGGUAGUAAUGUUUCAAAAUAAUGAAAGUGAUGUAAAGACAAUCUAUGACUUAAUGACUUCUACAUACACCCCUCAAAGAAACAGCAUCCAAUCUGGAAAGGAAACCAAAGAUUUACUUGAUGAGUGGCCAUAUCUUUUUCAGCCAGCAGGAAUGAAAGCACACUUUAAAGAGCUCACUGGCAUUGACAUAAACAACAGCUUUGAAGAAUCUGCUUCCAAAGACACCUCUGUUCCAAGUGAUAUAUGCUCAGAACAGCUUCCAGCAACACCAUGUAUAGUAGUGUGUGGAGAGAACCCACUGACAGCCAGUGUGUACAUGGUAGCAGUAGACCAGAUGAUUAUAAAUGACCAUCUCUUGAGUUUUACAGAAGCCCUGUAUCUGAUGUUCUCUCUUUACUAUAUAUUGAACAUCAGUUACCCUGUAGAACUGGGAGCCAAACUAGAAUUCUUGCAAAGGUGCAUCUUUAGGAUAAAUCCUCAUAAAGGUACCAAGGUGGAAAAGAGAGAGAAAAAGAGAGCGUACUCUGUCAACCCCAGAGUAUUGAGUCUGACAUCAAAAAUUGCUGCAUUUGAUUGGGGAGAGUAACAGAUGUGGUCUUUCAGAAGAUUGACAUUUCGCUGAAGAACAGGACAGACCGACUUUUUGUACUUCAGUGCAGCGCUUUGUUGCUUAAAUAAUUUUUAUUACCUUGUGACGUGAUUAGGAUUUAGUUUAAAUUUAUUUAUUUAUUUGAUUGGGACAGUGCAUUUUAAUGAACAAACAUGGAAUACAUGCAUGUAAACAUGCUGGAUUGUAGCCAAAGGCUAAUUUCCAUCCGUAGUCCCACGGGCUAAAAUCACACUGGUCACAAAACAUUACAUAAUAAAAUUUACAUCUACAGUUAGUACAUCGUUUAUCAAUAAAUUAGCUAAAGCCCCAUAUACAAUAUUCACAUAAUACUUGAAAAUUCAUUCAACUUCAAAAUUAUCAGAAUCCAGGCCCAGUGUUUUUGUUUCUUUUAAACUGAACACAUUUGUGUUCUGAAACAUGCUUUAUCCAUUUUCUCCAUGUGACAUGUUAAGGAUUA